AUGCUCCCACAGUCGCUCUUCUCGAGUUACGGACAGUACAAGACCGACACGGACUACGUCGCCAGCUGGCUGUUGGACACUGCUAAAGGCUGUGGCUAUGUUGUUGCCGAAAGGACAGCGGCGCCUGCAGCUCCACCUCGAUUGAAAGGCAAGGCACGAAAAGCUGCGAAGCAGAAGAGCAAAAUCUCGGGAAAGGAGAGUUCUGAGAGCACCCCAGUGUAUCCGGUCCAGGUCAAGGAACUGCUGCCCCUGGCUGAGCAUAUUGCUCAUGCUAGUACGCCACGACCUGCGGUGCCGCCGUCUUUCAUGAGAAAACUCACACGAGCAAUCGGCCUGCGAAAACAGCAUCAGACCUGGCACCAACACCUGUCCAGCGCGCAGUCUCGAGGCGAUGAGGACGAUGGACACGGUCACUUUAUACGCAUCUUGGAGAAGGUACAGGAGGCUCUACAGUCUUGCAUAGUUCCAUCAGAAGCGUCCGCAGGCAGGACCGUGGCCAGGAACAGCGCGCACAACAUUCCCUUGACUAAUGUAUUCGACACUUUGACGGUAGAAGAGCCCAUGGAUGAGGGCGAUUCUUCGCACGGCCAAGGAGAGAUCCGCACCACCUGCACCGUGAACACCAUGGAUGAUCCGAGUAUCCGCAACCACGAAAGGCUCUUUGCUCAAUUCUGCUUGAUGAUGGACUUGCACAAAAUCCGUACUUAUCUCAUUGAGAUCUGGCGAGUCUAUGCUGAAGGCAAAGAAGACUUGACUGUCGUUGCAAUCACCACCAAUACCGCUAUCGACUUCGUGCGAAACCUGCAGAAAGAUAUCGAAUCCACAUUCUCCAAUCAGGACUUGUCCCAGCGACCGGUCUGUCCAUUGUGUAUCUUCCAGAAGCUGCAGAGUGCCACUGCCACUGCUGAUUCCACCGACGUGUGUCUUCUGAACACUCAUCGGAUCCUCUCCAACUAUAUCAAAGGUUUCCUGGUCGAAUCAGACCCCUUGGAAUACGUACCUGAAGUCAAUCCCCUUUUCUCUGAGCUAUAUGUUCAGGACGAAGGGUACAUUCAAGAUCUCGCAAUCGUCAUGGGCUUUAUUCCUGAGCUUCAGCUCCUGUCGAUCGCGUAUCCGGAAGGGGUACAAGCGGAGCAUGAGAUGUUGAGAGGUCUGCGCCAGCUCAUGCAGCGGAAAGAACCUAUUCUAUGGGUGACCUUUGCAUUUCAGAUGUAUCUGGACAUUCGCCAUGUUCACAAGGAAGACAUAGCCUUCGCGUACGACGACCUCACCGACGGAGCUCAAUCUAUUACCCGCAGUAUCAACGAGGCUCUGACCUGCCGUGGUAAGGCGGCAGUCGGCAAGGGGACGGAGUCGGGCGAUCAAAACCUGAACAGUGUGCUUGAUCUCAUCGAGUACUGGACAGUCCAGGACGUCGUUGCAGAUGCACGACGCUUGCGGCUAAAGGACGAGAGCCGCGCAUCACUACUGCCCAAGCACUAUCUCCUCCAAAGAGAUCCACUCUGGUGUGGACUGCUCCUCUACACCUUUCGCAUGAUCGCGUACGAUCGAGCCAUCGCAGUGGUCGGCAGAUGGGUAUCAAUGUCGAUACUUCCGCUCGCACACCUGUACAACCGUCUACAACAAGGCGAACUGCUAAAAGCUCGAUGGAUGGACAUGGACAGCGUGAUCCGUUCGCAAGGCAUCAAACAUGUAUUCGCUGGUGAUCUACCUUGCUCCGCUGAAGAUUGCACAAAGCGCAUGGCACUCGUCAUGGGGCUUCCAUUGACCAUGUUCGCCCGCAAUCGAAGGAACGUUGUCCCACGGGCCUCAGCAGCAAAGGUGAGAGAGCUCAUAACACAAGUCCCGGUUCAUUACGGCUUCAAAGACCGCCAUUGCGACCGCGGUGGCCGAGUGGAUUUUACCCCAGGUGAAGUCGAAAAGAUAGUCGCGACAAGUCUGGCCGUUCCUCCGCUUGUCAAAGUCAACGACAUCCGCCAACCCUUGAAUCGGCUGACCGUCGCGCUCCACGCAGAAGUGGCCGAAUUGAUGUUCGAUUACUUGAAACUGCACACGAUUUGCUGGGAAAUGAUGCGCCGCCUGGAGGGAGAAUUAGGAUCGAGGGUCUCUGAAUGGUCCGACACUACUCACACUGAGAUUGAGUUGCCUUCAUUCGUAGUAUCUUUGAUGACUGAGCCGGCUGUGAAGAACCCACCGCCGGGCAAGGAAAGCGAACUGCUAAAGGACGCUGGAAGGAUCAUGGACGAAUUGCUGAGGGCAAAAGGCACGGCUGUAAAUCUGGAGGGAAUGCGGUUGGUGAAGAACUCCGCACGCAGGAAGCAGCGCCGUCGGACUGGUGACGUCCCGGCGUUACUGAUGGAGGAAUAG